AUGCAACAUCCCAAUCACUGGGGCUCCGAGCUCUUUUACCACCCAGGAUACCAACUAGAAAACCAUCGAGAUUUUGACUCCGGCCCUUGGCGAAGCUCCAUAGAGGCUGAGAAACAGUUCUGGACAGGAUUGCCACAACCUGGAUUCGGAGCUGUCACCUAUCCUGAAUUCUCCGGAGCGGUGUUGUCAAGUUCUGGAUCAACAAGCUUGGAUUCGUCGAAUGUGAAGCACGAACACAACUCGAUUCCGGACUGCAAAUGGUCACCAACUCUAACGAACUCGAGUCUGGUUUCGAACACUCCAUCGCUUCCGACAACACACUCGGUGUCUAUGACAGACAGUGCUGUGCGUAUAGAUGGUGUAGAGAGUCCGCUUCAGUGGCUUGCAUCUCACCAGCUACACAACACAACUGAUGGUUCUGGACAUCAUCCCUCACGUCGUUGGUAUGACGCUCAAUUUGAAGUCGGAGAGGAUGUCCUGACGUACGACUCGCACCAGAGACGAGCUUCCAUUGAACAACGGCCCAGAUAUAUCCAGCACUCCGAUGCUGAAGUGCAAGCAUUACUAGACAGGCCACGCAGGAUCAAGACCACAGCAGAGAACACCAGGUUCUAUUGCAACGAAUGCGACAAAGGGUUUCAACGUGUCUACAAUCUUCGUAGUCACAUGCUCAAGCACGAGACCACGAGGGAGAAGAUCAAGUGCCCUCAUGCCGGAUGCAGCAAGAGUUUUGACAGAAAGACCGACCUUGGUCGCCAUGAGCGCAGUGUACACUUACACUUGCGAGAACACAAAUGCGUAUUGUGUGGGUCUUUGUUCGCAAGAAAGGAUACGCUUGUUAGGCAUAUCGAAGGUAGCUGCUCAAAACGAACGGGCGUGGAUCGCAAACGACUCAAAGAUUCGUUGGCCCCAGCGUUCGUGGACUAA